AUGUGUGGCCCAAGGGAUGAGUUGACAAUAGGGCCCAGCCCUGUGCCCAUCCACUGGUAUGAGACUCUCCUGGCACAGUAUAGAAUCCUGAGGACCAUAGGUCAGGGAAGCUACGCCGAGGUGAAGCUAGCCCAACACCGCCUCACGGGCGCUGAAGUGGCAAUAAAAGUCCUGCUGAAGCGGAAGCAACAGAUCUUCCGGAUUUGGUCUGAAGUGGGGAUAAUGAAGAGGAUGAACCAUCCCAAUAUCAUCUCACUGCUCCAGAUUAUUGAAACAGAACAGAACAUCUUUCUGAUCCUGGAACUGGCUGAGGGACGCGAGCUGUGGGACUGGAUUCAAGAAGUCGGCCACCUGCAGGAGAACAUAGCCCGGAAGAUAUUCAAACAGAUCGUACAUGCCAUGUGCUAUUGCCAUGACCGAGGCAUAGUGCACAGAGACCUCAAACCAGACAAUAUCAUGGUGGAUGCUACGGGCAAAGUCAAAAUUAUAGACUUUGGCCUGGGUGCCUUAAUCAGGCCAGGGAGGAAGCUUUUUAGGUUUUGCGGUGCCUUACAAUUUGGUGCCCCAGAAUUCUUCCUGCGCCAGCCCUAUGAUGGCACCAAAGUGGAUACUUGGAACCUAGGUGUUCUCCUAUAUUUUAUGGUGACCGGGACCCUGCCGUUUGAUGGUUCCACCUUUAAAGAGCUUCAGUGCAAAGUGUUACUAGGACUGUAUGCAGUUCCCUCCCACCUCUCACAAGAGCUGCAGGACAUUAUCCACCGCUUAUUAACUGUAAACCCUAUGGAGAGACCAACACUAAAGGACGUUAUGGGGCAUCCUUGGCUUAGGGAAGGAGAUGAGGGUUCAUCAUGCCCAUGUGAUGAGAUAAGCCCUAGCCACCCGGACCCUGCAAUCAUGGCAGCCAUGGCAGAGAUGGGGUUCGACCCACGUGACAUCCGGAAAUCUGUACUCCAUAGGUAUUUCAAUGAACCCAUGGCAACCUAUGGCCUACUGCAAUGCCGGGCACGCCAGCAGGGUGGCUUGAUUAGGCAAACCAAGGCAGUGCAACCAGGAACAACACCUUUUCCCAUGCGUACAGAUCCUGUCGCCUUCCCUGGGUGCCGAAAGAGGACAACUGAUGUGUCAGUCUUUCAAUCCUUUCUCUCAUUAUCCUUGAAAACUGACUCUGCAAAGGACAGCCAGAAGGUAGGGCAAAGGCUCAGAAGUGUCACUGUGCCUAUAAUUGCCCCCCGCCACUGCCUGCAGAAGAGGACACCCGCUUGUGGUGCUGUUCGGGACCCCACAGGGACACAGCACAGCGGGACUGCAGACACAAUCCAAGGUGCGUGGAGAAGCUGUAAGAGGUGGGCAAGGAGGAUUGGGGCCAGUCUAUUACGGGCCUUCUGCUGCCUGCCAUCUGAGAGAAGAGUCAGGCCCCAAAUGGAGGUAUCCAGGAAAAGACAGGAAGCCAAAGGCUAGCCAGAGGCCAGCCAGAGGCCCGCCAGAGGCCAGCCAGAGGCCCUGAGGUCCUGUAAAUUAUGAGGUCAUGGCAUUGGGGGUCAUUCUUGAGUGGACUCAAACAGCUGCUAAGAGGGACCCACGCAGGAAGCCCAGAGGCCUGGGUGGAGCCAGGAGAAAGGCAAUAAAUGACUCAGGAGUCUUCAGCUGGAUUCCAUUCAGCAGGGAUGUC